CUUGUCAGCUCCGAGCUGUGCUCACUCGGCGCUCGCGGCUGCAGGACACUCGGGCCCAAUGGAGCAGGGAUUUUGGCAGCGGUGGCUGCUGCUGCUGCUGAGCAUCCAGCUGGCCAGUGGCCAGUGCCCAGAGCAGUGCCAGUGCAUCCGCACUGCCCAGGUGGAGUGCUCUGGUGCUGGCAUCACUGCAGUCCCCAGCCCCAUCCCUGAGAACGCCAUGACCCUGCAGAUCAUCAACACUCUCAUCACUGAGCUGGGUGAUGCAUCCUUUGGCAACGCCUCCCUACUGAUUGGACUGCGCAUUGAGAAGAACAACCUGUCGCGCAUCAGCCCCAGGGCCUUCCAGCACCUGCCCGACCUGCGCUACCUCAGCCUGUCCAGCAACAAGCUGCAGGAGCUUCCUGUGCAGGUCUUCCAGCCCCUGGGCAAGCUGGAGUCUCUACUCCUCUCCAGCAACCAGAUCCUCCAGAUCGAGCCUUCCCACUUCUCCCACCUAAGCAACCUGAAGGAGCUGCAGCUGCACGGGAACAACCUGCAGGAGCUGAAGGAGGGGGUGUUUGACCAGCUCAUCAGCCUUACCAAGCUCAACCUGGCCAGGAACAACAUUGACCAACUGCCGCGCCGGGCCUUCGAGCGGCUGGCGCGGCUGCAGGUGCUGCGGCUCUAUGAGAACAGGCUCCGGCAGAUCCCAGUGGGCACCUUUGAUGGGCUGCCUGAGCUGCAGGAGCUGGGGCUGCACCAGAACCAGCUGGAGACACUGUCCCCGGAGCUCUUUGUGCACAAUGGAAACCUUCAGAAGCUCUACCUGUCCAACAACCUCCUCACCACCCUACCAAGCAGCAUCUUCUUGCCCUUGCGUGCCCUUGCUAAGAUCACCCUGCACGUCAACCGCCUGCGGGACAUCUCCCCCAGUGCCUUCGGGCCCAUGCCCAACUUGCGGGAGCUGUGGCUCUACGAUAAUGAGCUUUCUACCCUCCCCACCGCUGUCUUUGGCAACCUCACCCAGCUGCAGCUCCUGGUACUCAGCAAGAACCGGCUGCGCUCCGUGGCACGGGGUGCUUUCCAGGGUUUGGGAGAGCUGCUGGAGCUGUCCCUGCACUCCAACGCUCUGCGCCGCCUGGAUGCCCAGGCACUGGAGGGGAUGCCCAAGCUGCAGAACAUCUCCCUGCACCACAACCAGCUGCAGGUGCUGCCGCGGGGCCUCUUCAGCACCACCCCAGGGCUGCGGCACCUGCAGCUGCACUCCAACGUCCUAGAGUACCUGCCCGCUGGCAUCUUCUCCCCUCUGGCUGCCCUGCGAGAGGUGAAGCUGCACAACAACUCCUGGCGCUGUGAUGAGGGCAUCCUGCCUCUGCGGGGCUGGCUGGAGGACAACCCCCACAAGGUGGGCGAGACACCCCCACUCUGUGCCCAGCCUCCUUCCCUGAGGGGCAUCCCCAUCACUGAGCUGCCUCAGGACCAGCUCCUCAUCCCCCUGCCCUCCACUACCUCCCCCCGUCCCAGCACCCCAUUCCCUGCUGGCCCCUCUGAGGUGGCAUUGCCAGAGGGUGCCUGGACGGAGCCCCCCAUGGGGCUGCCAGUCUCCCCACAGGAGGAGGAGGAAAAGGAGGAGGAAGAGGAGAGGGGGCAGUGGGGGCUGACAAGCACACAGAGUGGGGUGGUGGUGGCUGUCAUCGUGCUCGUGUGUGCGGCCCUGCUUGCUGCUCUGGUGGCGCUGGUGGUCUAUGGCUGCAGGAAGAAGAGCCACGUUGUGCUUAUGAGGAUGAAGGCGCCCAAUGAAGCAUGAGCACCCAGCAGACCCUGGGGUAAUGGUACUGGUGGGGCAUUCCCUCCCCACGGGGCCAAGGGACAUGAUAGUGGCUCUGCAUCAGCUGCCCUUGCUGAUUGGGAUGGGCCACAAUCACUGUGCGUGCUGCAUGUCCCCUGUCCUGUUCUGCUUUGCCCUGCCCUUGUUCUGCAGUAGGGUGUCCACCUGGGUGACCUCCCAUGGCUGCCCUGUUCCCAGCCCCUCCCGCCUCUGUGCUCAUCCACUGCCCAGGGGCCAGCAACUGGGAUGCCGAGAGGGGACCCCUCAAGCAGAGAGCCACAGCCUGGUCAUGAUGGUGCUUAAUUCAAACAACAGGACUCCCUUGUCCCUCACGUUGCUUUGUCUCCUCUAGUGCUGCCUGUCCUUGCACCGCCUGCUGCCCG